UAUAAAAACUAAAGUAAAAUCUAAAGCCUUCAGUUAAGUACAACAACUGCAAUAAACACAACAACAACUACAGCUACCACUACUACAACAAAAGCAACUGUAACAAGAUGUCAGACGGUAUCGAAGUUGAACAAAUGGUUGAAUCCAAACCAAGAAGGAUGCCAAUGGCCACAUCAUUAGACAAGGAUGCCAUACGUGAAGCCUAUGAAGAUGUACGAUCUGAUCUCACUGACACAGAAUGGGCCGUUUUCAAAUUUGAUGGUGCACAAAUACUUUGCUCUGCCCGUGGCCAAUGUUUCGAAGAGUUUCGCCAGCAAUUUGGUGACAAUGAAAGGGCCUUUGGCUACAUUCGCAUACAGAUGGGCGAUGAAAUGUCCAAGAGAAAAAAGUUCAUAUUCUUGACAUGGAUUGGUCAGGAUGUGGGUGUCAUACAAAGAGCUAAAAUGUCCACGGAUAAGGCUAUAAUCAAGGAUGUCUUAAAUAACUUUGCUGUCGAACUGCAGGCAGGUGCUGAUACUGAAUUGGAUAUUGAACUGUUCCGUGAUGCUUUAAAUCGUGCCGGUGGUGCUAAUUAUGGUACUGGUGUUCGUAAUUUUUAAUUUAACCCCCCAACCAACCCCAACAAAAUUCUUAAAAUUCCCCUACAUAAAAUUUCCUUUUCUCUCAAUUUAAUAAUAUUUGAUAACAAAAACCUCAACAACAAAGAAAUAUAAACAAAAAACAAACAGAACCAAUUUUUUAAAAAAAAUAAAACUGCAACUUUUAGUGUUAGAAAAGAGAGCAAAAUAGUUUUUUUCGUUUUAAAUAUUAAACAUUUUUUAAGCGUUUAAGUGAGCAAAAUGUUGCAAUAAAAGUCCUGAUUAGCUUCUAAGUGUAUUUAAGACAUUAAAUUUUUAAAUGAUACAUUUUUUUUUGUGUUUAUGUUUUGUUUGAAAUCAUUCAAUAAUCGUGUUUUUUUCCAAUACUUCACUUUUCUUUCUCUUUUUCGUAUUUCUUUAAACUAUGUAUUAUUAAUUGAUACUUAAUAAUAAUUUCGCAUUGUAUUUUCUCAUAAUUGUAAUUUUUAUGGUAUUUUUAAUAAAAUUUCUCUUUUAAAAAAUGUAUUUUUAAUAAAAUUAAAACAAAAAAUGAAAUAAAAAGUCAAAUAAAUUCUAAUGAAAA